UUUUCAUGUCUUGAAUUUUUUCUCUAUUUCAGAAACAUGGCUCUGCAAAGGCACAUCUUUUUGGCUACAAAGCAAUACAUAUCAAGGUGCUCCAUCCUCCAAGCCAACUUGAGACAGUCAUAUUGUGAACUACGACACAAAUACAGCACAGAAGCCUCUGGAGAGAGGAAGUUCACAGACCGCCAUGAAUGGGUGGUUGUUAAAAAUAACAUUGGCACUGUAGGAAUCAGCAAAUACGCACAGGAGUCACUUGGUGAUGUUGUAUUUGCUCAGCUCCCUGAACCGGGUACAGAAAUCAAAGCGGGAGACGAGUGUGGAGCCCUCGAGAGUGUAAAGGCAGCGAGUGAGAUCUAUUCACCGGUUACUGGCACCGUUACUGAGAAAAACGCUGAGGUGGAAAGCAAACCUGGUCUGAUUAAUACCUCCUGUUACGACCAAGGCUGGCUCUUUAAACUAAAGCUGUCCGACCCCGCCGAAGUCUCUAAGCUGAUGAAUGAAGAACAGUAUGAAACGUUCCUAAAAACAGACGCAGAGAAGGACCAUUAGUGAAUGUGUUAAGGAUUUGUUUUAAUAUUUAACUUAAAUGUGAUUAGAUUUAAAUACAUAUAAAUAU